AUGGCGAAAAAGAAGCGAAUCACGCUGUACUGCAAAGAAGAUUUUACGGACAAUGAAGAGAUUGACAGUACUGUACAUGUCCGCGACUAUUAUGCUUACGUUUUGGAGAAAGGAGAACCUCCACAAGAUGAACAAGAGGAAGAAGAAAAGGAAGCAAAUAACCAAGAUAUUGGAGAUUUUGACUAUGGUGCCGUUAACGAAGUGCAAUACCUAGAUAUAGUACUAUUGAGGGGCUCCUCCGGUUUGGGCUUUAGCAUCGCUGGUGGUACCGAUAAUCCUCACUUUGACAACGAUACAAGCAUAUAUAUCACCAAAGUUAUUCCUGGUGGCGCUGCUGAAGCUGACGGAAGACUUAAAGUUUAUGAUACGAUCGUUGCUGUUGAUGAUCAACUUAUGGAAGAUGUUGCCCAUCAAGUUUGUGUUGAUGCUUUGAAGUCAGCCGGUAGCGAAGUUAAAUUGAGAGUUAAGCGAUUCCCUGUAAAGGACUAUGAUGCAUCACAACUGAUGAACAUUGUUCUUCAUAAAGAGGAUAAAGGUCUCGGUUUCAGUAUUGCCGGUGGAGUCGGUAACCAACAUAUCAUAAACGAUAAUGGUAUCUUCGUUACUAAAAUCAUCGAGGGUGGUGCUGCCUUUCAAGAUGGUCGCCUAGAAGUCGGUGAUCGUAUUACCAAGGUUAACACACUAUCUUUGGAAAAUGUAACCCACGAAGAGGCUGUUGCUAUAUUAAAAGAAACUGCUGACGUUGUUUCUUUAGUAGUUGUUAAGCCACGCCCACGCAAGGAUGGCUCAGGUUCAAGAGACAAAAAACAAGAUAAGAAAAUACAGGAACAAACUCAAACUGCCCCUUCAUCAUCACCACCAGAGUCGACUGAGAUAGCGGCAGCGCUACAAUCAUCUUCGUCAGCUGAUGAUAAUAGUCAAUCACGACGAAUAACAUUAAACCGACGGCCAUCUGGUCUAGGAUUUAAUAUUGUGGGAGGUGAUAAUGCACAAGGUAUCUACGUCUCGUUUAUAUCUUACGGAGGACCAGCAGAAGAAGAUGGUCGUCUGCAACCUGGUGAUAAGAUAUUGCAGGUAAACAGUGCUGAUUUAUCAGAAGCAAACCACGAUGAAGCUGUUGAAAUUAUCAAGAAAGCUAAAUCACCGGUAAAUUUGGCUGUGGUGCACGAUCCGGAAGGCUUUGGCCGCCUUAAAUCGAAUAUUGCCACAAUACGUGAGCUAAUGUUAAAUCCUACCGCUAGUGCCAGUACACUUAGUUUAAAGGCACCAACGAAGAAAAGUUUAUAUGUUCGGGCAUUAAUUAGCUAUGAUAAGAACAAUGAUUCUGGAUUACCAAGCCAAGGAUUAAGUUUCAACUUUGGCGAUAUCUUACAUAUUACGAACGCUAGCGAUGAUGAAUGGUGGCAAGCAAGCUUAGUUAACUGGAACAGUUCUGAAGAAGGACGUGGAAUAAUACCUAGCAAGAAGAGGGUUGAAAGGAAAGAACAGUCUCGAUUGAAAAGUGUUAAAUUUCGUAAAUCUUCCGGAUUAGACGAAUCGAGUGAUCGCAGGGUAUCAUUGGUGUCAGUAAAACGAAAUAAAAGUAUGAGCUAUAUCAAAAGGAUGCCUCUAUUCAAUCGAAAAAAUAGAUCAUCUGAAACAAUAAAUGCCGAAGAAGAUGACAAACUUGCAAGCCAUGUUAUUCUCUCUUAUGAACCUGUGAUACAAAAAGAAAUCACCGCUGGUAGACCUAUUGUUUUGCUUGGACCUUGCAAGGAUCGAAUAAGCGAUGAUUUAUUAGUGGAACUUUCAGAUCGAAUAACAACCUGUGUACCUCAUACCACACGCCCACCUCGUGAUGGUGAAAUCCAUGGACAAGACUACUACUUUGUUGAGUCUCGCCAGGAGAUGGAACAAGAUAUCCAAAAUCAUGUUUUCAUUGAAGCUGGACAGCUAAAUGAGCACCUUUAUGGAACUUCAGUUACCGCUGUCAAGGACGUUUGCCGCAAGGGUAAACAUUGCUUGCUUGAUGUUAGCGGUUACGCAAUUAAGAGAGAACAAUUAAAACGAAUGACCGCCGAUCAAGCUCGAAAAGCCUUCGAACGAGCUCAAAAAACAGAACAAGAAUUCGCGGAAUAUUUCACUACUAUGGUGCAAGGUGAGACUUUAGAUGAUCUGUUAGAAAACGUUAAAGCGGUUAUUAAUCAUGAAUCUGGGCCUACAAUAUGGGUCGCUUCAAAAGAAAAAAUUGAAAAAUAG